CUGGAAGGCUAAUAAUUUUUUCAUAACCUUAGUUUUGAUUGUAGAAUCCAAAAAUAUAAUAAAAAGUAUAUGUUAAAAAAUUUCAUGUUACGGCCUUUCUUGCUCUCCUCACGAUUCGUCUCUUAAGCAGUUGAGGGUAAGAAAAAUUAACUAUUAUAUAUUAUCCAAUAAAACAAAUAUGAUUAGACAAAUUUUGGUGCAAGUCUAGGAAGAAAAGCCCCAAAGCAUAAGCCAUGAAAGGACCGUUAGAGUCAAUAAAAAAGAUCGAGUAGAUCGAUGUGUUCUACUUCUACCACAGAAGAUUGUCUGUCUAGCAUUUUUUGCUGUAACAUACAAUAAGCGUAUUUCAGCUUUGUCCUUCGACCGACUUCUUCUAUGAGCCUGUUGUUUUUUUAAAAGAUACGUCGUAAAAUUCUUCACCAAGAUCGUCGAACAGUUUUAUCGAAAAAAAGUGAAAGUAACAAAUAAGGUGAAACGUUCAACAUUCUACAUUCAUUUUAAAUCAUUCAGAAUUUUUUUCGACAGUUGUACCAACAUUAGAAUGAGUUGAAAUAAGUUUUUAAGUACUCUGAGAUGUGCUCUUUCUUAUUUGAUAUAAUAAAAUAUAUUUAGGCACAGUAAUAGACGCAAUGAUUAAAUUUCUUAAAAAAAGAAGAAAUAUACGAUGUACAAUCGCUAUUCAGAAACCACGAUUUUCUGAAAUAUUUGAUAUUUGCCAACACCUUUUGCGUUGACGAGAACCAAGUGCUACGGCUUUUUCUUAAGAGCUACAGAAUGGUUCAUUAAUUCUUCUUACGACACAGAGUUGAAACACAUAAAUUUUAAAAAGCUCUUUCCCAAAACAUGUUUGGAGAGUAACAUGUUUUCGUUUCGAUCUAGUAAGAUCAUAUUUUCCAUAUUUGCUUCUGGUAUGUUUGGUCGUUUCAUUACCAACAUGUCCAAAUCCUUUUCCAAGUAGCUGAGCGUUUGACUAAUUCAUCUGCGAUGUUGACUGCUACCAUAAGACACUGAUUGAUACAUCCUUAAGCUGUUGAGGGUAAUCAUAUAAAGAAAAAUUAGCUAUUAUAUAUUAUUCAAUAAAACAAAUAUGAUUAGACAAAUUUUGGUUCUUCAUGAGAACCUCUUGACUUUUCAUGUAUACCUAAUGUAUAGCAUAUUGAGAUCAGCACUUAUCAAAACUGAUAACGAUAUGCUCAGAAACCUACAUAAACUAUUUACAGUAGUGUGUCUGAUAAAAUGAUGACAUUUAGAAACUGCUCGACCUAUGCCAAUUAUUCGUCGUUCUAAACUUCAUCAUGAUAUCUUCGAUUACAUGUCGAAAUUCGUUAAAGUGACUAUCGUAUACAAGCUUAUCGAUCGUUUUCAUAUACCAUUUUGAUAAUAUUCUCGUUUACAGCGAGGAAACAAUGUAACAUCCAUACUGUUUUCACUUGAAUAAAGCUAUAUUACCUUCACACGUGUUUCGGUGAUGAUUAGUUUGGUUAAGCGCUCAGAAAGUUCAAUUUUAUUGACUACGUCCGAUGAUUUAUAUUCUCUUCUUCGAGUGAUGGGUUCAGAAUGUUAGAUUCCCUACGUCAGUGAAGUAAUAUUAUACAUUUAGGUCAUUAACGUAAUAAGUUAAUGACCUACGUUAAAUAAAAUGCUUUCGCUUGUUCAGAGGCUGAAACUCACAAUAAAUAACUCUUGAGAAUUGGUCUGAAACUAUCACAGAUCAAAGCUUAAUCUGCCUUCUGAAAGAACAAAAUUUAUUCUCAAAUACAGGAUAUCAAUUACGCACAUUGAUGAACAUUUCUUUUAGUGUUGAUGUUUCGAUUGAUGUCGUGAAAAGUUUGCAAUUGCUGCAACUCCACUUUUGUUCGGAAUUUCUUGAAGCAACUUCAUCAGCACGCUGGUUUCAGGCCCACAUGACAUGUGCCCAUCUAUACUUUACAAUGUUUCUGGAUCAUAUAAAAAGCAUUUGACAACAGGCAUCCAUCUCUACUUUAUGUUAUUGUAGUUAUUCAUGGUUUUUAUGUUGUUUAUGUUAUUCAUGGUUUUUACGGUAUUUGUGUUAUUCAUGGUUUUUAUGGUAUUUAGGUAUUUAUGUUAUUCAUCUUUUUUAUGCUAUUUAUGUUAUUCAUGGUUUUUAUGUUGUUUAUGUUAUUCAUGGUUUUUAUGUUGUUUAUGUUAUUCAUGGUUUUUAUGGUAUUUAG